UUUUGAAUAUUUUGAAUGAAAACAUCAACAUUGGAUUGAUUUCUUAAAAAAUACGUAUAUUAUGGUAGGUCUAUAUUUAAAAGCUUUUGUAUACAUCUACAAAACUAUCUUAAUAUACUGUGGAAUAAUUCUAAGUAGGUAAUAGGAAACUUUAUAGUUAUGCCAUGCACACUGUUUGUGUCGAUACUCAUUUAAUACCGUGGCUAUUUAAUGUAUUUAUAAAGUAUUAUGGUUUGCAGCAUAGUUUUAUAACCAUGGUUGAAUAGUAUUUGAUUAGGCGUACAUCUGUAGUAACUGACUGCUGUUCUAAUAUAAUUGUAAGCAUAGAAUGAAACAGAUCAGUGGUUUUAAUAGGUAUCUGCCUAUCAUAGGUUGUCUGACAGUUUUUCUGUCCAUAAACACUGUUAACCUCAUUUCAAUGCUGUAAACAGAUUGAUAGUUCAUCAAGAUGAACCAUCUUUGUAGUUUCAUCUACUGAACUUGCAGGUUAGUCUAGGACCUGUAUAGAUGUUUGUAUGCGUUUCAUUUAGCACAGGUAAUCUCAACUGUUUUAGGGUAAAAUGACCUUGGUGGUCAACAUGGCAUAUGUGCCAAAACCUGAAUCCGGGGCGAAAGUCCUGAAAAUGACCCCGCCCUGAAACGGCAGUGCCGACAUAGCUCCAACUUCCGAAAAGCGACAGCCUUUCUGAAGUGCUUAUAGUGUUUAGAAGGGUUGCUUUUAGGGGUGGUUAAUGGGCAAAGGCGUUGCGUGCGAAGUGAAACAAGGUCGGGUUUGGUUUUAGCCGUUGGUUUUCUGUUUGAUUUAGAAUUUUUUUUUUCUUGACUUUUUAAACUUUCAAAUAGUUUAUUAGACCUAUAUUGCUUAGGGUUAGAGAAGGGUUUGGGGUCAGAUUUAUCUUAAAUAUUACGACUGCAGUACGAAUAGCAAAUCAAACUCGGCGUACUGUUCCAGUACGCAUAGCCACUAUAUUAUCAAGCAUGACUUAAAAAUAUUAUCAAGCAUGACUUGUCAAUCUAGUUCUCUGAGUUCGUCUGCGUAGUUUGUGUGCUGUGUUCACACAAGGUUGCUUGCAUUUUAAUGGCUGAUCUGUUGCUGGUGUAAAUCUUGCCAAUAUCCAUGUUGUUGUUAUAGAUGUCAAGGUCCAAGAAACCACAACAUGAUGUCGAAAGUGACUCGGAUUGGGACAGUCUUCCAGGGGAUGUACCUGAGCCUGGAUCUAGCCCUGAACCCACAAAGUCCCCCUCGCCACGAGUGCCCACCCAUUCCCCUGUCCCUGCCCCACCUAAGCAACCUUAUUCAAAACAUGCCACAUCCACCAAGCCUGUGAACAUGUAUAAAAAUACCUCAAACCCCAUUCGGAAGUCGGGUAGUGCCACAACAUUUGAGGACCGAACUGGUGGACUUUGGAAUGAUGAUGAUAAUCACAAUGAUGACAUCAGAGUCUCAUUUUCAAAAGAGAAUAAUAACAAUGUUAAAAAGAAUAAUGAAGUUACGAAGGAAAAGAACAACACUGACAAAAUGAGAAAUGCUCAAGCUAGACAGGAGAAGAAUAAAAAACCUCCAUUUACAGAUUUUAGAGGUCUGGAAGUCGAUAUAUUGCCACUGUUAUAGUGAAACAAAGAGUUGUAUAAAUUUGUCCUUGAUAAAUAUAAUUUAUUGUCUUUUGCAAAAUGUCCUAAACACGAAAAAAGACUAAAAUUAUCCAGUGUUAGACAAAGUAAAAUAGCAAAGUAGGGUGUAAUUAGGGCGCAAUGCAACUUCACCCAUUCAGUGGCAGUACUCUCCCCUUGACAAGUAAAAUCGUCUGGCAUUAGACAGAGUAAAAUAAUAAACAAGGGUGCAUUAGGGCACAAUGCAACUUAAUGGGUUAACUAAAUCAACCAACAUGCAGGUUCACUAAGAGUUUGUUGGUGGGGAUGCAGCUACCUGAAAAAUACAAGAUGAAUAUUUGAUGGGUAUUGUAGAUGGAAAUUGUCAAGUGGAAAUUUAUAUACAUUUGUUAGACCUAGCCAGGAACAGCUUCGAAGAAUGCAAUUUUAGGUUCCUGCCAGGAAUCGAACCUGAGGCCCUGCGAUUCUGUGCAGCGCUCUAACAAACUGAGCUACAGAGGCCAGUUGUCAAGAACAGUUAUGAGCAUAUACAUGAAUUUGUGGUUAGAGCUCGACAACUGGAUUCUAUAGCUCAGUUUGUUAGAGCGCUGCACCGGAAUCACAGGGUCUCGGGUUCGAUUCCUGCCAGAGACCUAAAGUUGCAUUCUUCACAGCUGUUCCUGGUUAGGACUAACAAAUGUAUAUAAAUUUCCACUCAACAAUUUCCAGCUACAAUACCCAUCAAAUGCUUGUGUGAUGUUACUCUGAGUGUAUAUCCACACCGGGCAGGCUUGAAAAAUAUGCCUAGCCACGGUGGGAAUCGAACCUACAACCUUUGGAAUACUAGCCCAAUGCUCUGCCAACUGAGCUACGCGGUCAGGUUAAUAUCGCAUACUCGAACCAACCUGACCUCGUAUGCGAUAUUGACGAUAGUAUGCGAUAUUGACGACACCGACCUGACCGCGUAGCUCAGUUGGCAGAGCAUUGGGCUAAUAUUCCAAAGGUUGUAGGUUCGAUUCCCACCGGCACCGUGGCCAGGCAUAUUUUUCAAGCCUGCCCGGUGUGGAUAUACACUCAGAAUAACAUCACACAAGCAUCUUAUUCACCCGAGUACAUUACACCAACACAGCAAACCCAUCAAAUAUUAUUCACUCGAGUGAGAUGCCAACAAAAUCAAGAUGAAAUAUACACUACCCACACUCAGGCAAAGAUAGGUUUCAGGUCAACAUGAUGUUAUUUGAGUGAGAAAUUGUUAUUUCUAUUUAUUAUAUGUAGGAGAAAGGCAGUUAAAAUAAAAUUAAGAUUUAGUGUGCUUGCUCCUGUAAUUGUCAACAGUUUUGAACCAUUUGCCAUUCCAUAGUUGACUGAAAGCCCCCUGUGAACUUAUGUUCCAUUUCAAUGUAGAAGCCCUAAGCACACCGAUUCCUGCCGCACCCAAUCCAAAAGAACAGCAUAAAAUGGCUGGAGUCAACCAAGCUUACAGUAUGGAAACUAGUGGAGAAGAAGUGCAAAUGAACCACGAUUCCUGGGACGACAGUGAAAAUGAAUCUCAAAUGCAACAAAGUCAUGGUCGUCAGUCAGGGACAGACGCUAAAACAACAAAACGAGAACUGGUGAUGGACAGAAGUUGGGAGGCAAACCAUAAGCUACAGAGAAUGAAGGGGAAUAAUGAUGUUAGAGGGGGAGUUGUGGAAAUGGCUUAUGGAAAUCAUCAUUUUAAUACGAACCAGAAUUUUGAAAAUUGUUGUUUGAUUCAGGUUGCUGAAGGAGCCUUUGACGACAGGUUAUUAAUCAAAUGUAACAUUUUCAUAGUUUAUAGUACUGUACAUGAGGACUUAAAGCCCUGGGCAAAAUAGGAAACAUUGUUGCGGAAACAUUGUUUCCUGCCAAUGCUUCGCCAUGUUUCCAAAAGUGGGCAAACACUAGGAAACAUUAGUGAGGAACAUAGGGAAACAUCAAAUGUUUUUGAAUUUGCUAGGAAACAGUCUUGCUUUUCGAGAAGCAAAUUUUGUUUCCGCAACAAUGUUUCUACGGGUGGGAAAUUGAACAGGGAAACAUUUGAGGAAACAUCGAGAAUCACAAAUGUUUCCACAACAAUGUUUCCUAGUUUGCCCAGGGCUUAACAGGGCCUUCAAGGAAUCAUGCAAAGUUUGCCAUGUUCUUCCUCGUGACUAAAGUUGUCUGGCAUUCGUCAGAGACAGAGGGAGCAUUGGAGCUUGAUAGGUUAUUUAACAAGUAACAACAUGCAGAUUUUAAAUUAUUUUCCAGACAUCGACCUUCGUUUUUCCAUGGAAGCAAAAAUCAUUUUCAUGUUAGGGAAGAUGAUCCAAGAGCAACUAUUACGGACAUUGCAGAUAAGUAUGUGCUAACAUCUUUCUCGCUAUGCCUAUGGUAUCUAAUGAGGAUUUGGAGCAGUUAGUCAAUUAGUCAGUCGUAUUUGGCAGAGCAAUCAAAGAAUACCCAGUCACAUUCCUUGUUCGUUUAAACACACAAAGAAACUGAAACUACAAGAAUACAUUUUAUCUUAUUUUCACGAUCCUUUUAUGUUAACACUUGAUUAUUAGGUGUAAUGUUCAAACUAGAUGGUAUUCUAUAAUUUAGCCAGUUUUUUGCUCGAUAAUUUAUCUGACUCGUGUAAACAUGUUAUUUAGCUUAUUUCACACAAUAACAAAUUUUGCCGAAAAAUUAGAGCGUGUGAAGCAUGCAAAAUUGACCUUGACGCGAGACAGCUUAGAGACAGCUGGCCGCCGAGCUGGGCAUUUGUGCAUGUUCACCGUGGGAAACCAUAGGUUAUUGCAAACUCGUUUCCAUGCUCUUCCGUCUUGGAGGGAAGGUCUUGGGAACGAGGUUGGGGUUAUUGUAGGGUGCGAUAAUUAAUGAUAUUUUGUAGUUUACCUGACUGCUACUCCAGUUAUGAUUAUUGCCACAAUUGUGUAUCCAAACACAUACAAUCGACUGCUAUCGCAUAAUCGCAGGCUAUAUAAUUUUUAUAAAACCCAAUCCAAACCUUUUACUUCUUCUUGUAGAUCCGAGGUGAUCAUUCAAAGAUUCUGGCGUGAGGUUUUUGGCGUGUUGAAAAUUCUCAUCAAUUUCUUUAUAAUUUUUAUACUGGAACUUUUCAAAACAAUCAUUCUCAGCGUUCGCUAUCUGCUCACGGGAAUUCUAUACACGAUUGGCGAUCAUUUUAUAAAACCACUCCUUUCCGCCACAUUUAAUAACAUUGUUCAGCCGUUUUCCGUGCUCUUACUGAACGUUUUUACGAUAUUCACAAAUCUGCUCAAGCCAAUACUAGCAUUGACACGAGAGAUUUUAAGUCAAGUUGCUAUACCACUACAAGCAUUCAGACUGUUCGUUUUUAACUGGGAGAGCAGAAGAAAAGAAGACAGCGCUUGUAGAGAUGUAUAAAUUAUACAGUAUAAUUAGUUGUUUAAUGGGUGAUCCCAGCUAUAGGCUAAAUUUUGAUCAAGGCAAGGAGAACGAAAUCCAACACCACAGCUAGAAAGAGCGUCUUGGAAUGAGUAAAACUGCAAAGAUUGGUUGCUAAAUGUUGUAAAAUGAGGAAAAUAUAGCCCUGUUAAAUUCGCAAAUUUUGUAUACAUUUGCAUUGCGCGCGAUAAAAAUGACCACUUUCUGCUCAAAAAUGGUUAAAUAUUUUUCCUGCGCGUAAUGCAAAUAUACUGUAUACAAAAUUUGCGAACUUCAGGGCUAUAUUUUCCUCAUUUUACAACAAUUCACAACCAAACUUUGCAAUUUUACUCAUUUUAAGAUGCUCUUUCCAGCCAUGGUAAUGGAUUAUACAAUUACUUUAUAGUUUCCGUGUCUGGAUGGCCUGAUCCGAACACGCGGGAAUGUUGCGAGAGUUAAGAAAAGCGCGCGUGUGUUUGGAUCAGGCCAUCCAAACACGGAAACCAUAAAGUAAUUGUUUUGUAAAAUAACAACUUUCCGUGUUAAAAUUUCGCUUUAAAAAACUUUCACUUUAAAGGGA